AUGUACGUCUACCGCAACGACGAUCUGCCUCCCGACCCCACGUUUCCUGUGGAUCUCAAGAGUCUGGGGUAUUUCCUGAACGCCCAAGACCAAAUCCGUCAGAUCGACAACCCAGAGGAAGGAUUCAAGUACAAGGUCAACCGCAAUGAUCGCUUCAACAUCAAGCACCGUGAGGCUAUCAAUGGUAAGAUGUCGUCAUGGAUUUUAAUUUGGUAUGAACAAGCUAAUGCAGCUCCAGAGUGUAUCCGCCCCAUGGUCCUGGAACGACUGAAGGAUGCAGGUCUCCAAAUUCUACCUCUUCCACUUUGCAGUCCUCCGAACGACACGACUGUGCCUAUCCUCGUCUCGAAAAAUAUUUCCAAGAAGUCUCGUAUCAUCGUUGUCUGCGGCGAGCCUAACCAGGAUCUCGGGAUCUGGGCCUAUCGGUCCAUCCAUGAAGGCAUCAACUAUGGCUCUGCAGUCAAUUUAACCAAGGCUGUCCUGGGUGAGAAGAUGGAAAAUGACGUUGGCCUCAUCAUCGCGAAUACCGGACAAUUGAUUUGGCAUUGUGCCUCGGAGCGCGCUGUGACCCAGCAAACCUGGCUGGCUAGCCCUCGUCCUUAUGGAAACUGGGGCCAACCUACCAUGAGCUGGCGCAACAAGAUCCCUCACAACAAUGACUGGUCCCAGCAUGUGCAGUAUGUCUUCAAGAAGGUAUUAUGGCCGUAUGUGAAUGGCAAGAAGACCCGCAUUGAUGUCAUCGGUAUGUCGGAGGGUGGACUGGCAGCUCUGAAGUACCUCCAGGUAGACUGGCAUGUCUGGCAGCCCUAUAUCUCCGGUAUCUGCCUCGGUGACCCACAACAGACAACCUACUCUGACCUCGAUAUGGGCACAAUUGGUGAUCCUCUGUCCUUCACCUCGUUUAUUGCCUCGCGCUGCCGUGCCUACGUUGUAUCAGAUGAUCCCCUGGGCACUACCCAGGCUGGCUACCGGCUUUAUGGCUGCAACUGCUACUCCUCUGGCGAAAAACUGAAUUCGGAAUGCAUCAUUCCUGUCGCUUGGAAGGAUAUGCUCCAGUGGCUUGACACCCUCUACAAGGAUCCGGAGCACUCUGAGCAUGUGAUGCUAUGUGCGGAUGACAUGGACGACCAGAUGCGUCGCGAGAUUGAAGAGCAGGCCAAGGAUCACGAGGAAGAUACUGAGGCUAAGGAUCUUGAAUGGAAGCAGGAGUUGGAAACCGCUGCAAAGUUGAAGGACGAUGCUCCGGACAACCAGAUCAAGCAGGAUGAAAAUGCGAAGAGCGAUGAAGAACCGGCGGAUAUUUCUCAGAAGAUGGAGAAUCUCAAGGUCGUUGAUACCAAUGUGGCGUGA